AUGAGAUUAAGAGAGAGAUGGAUGUAUGAAAUUUUUACCUUUUUCUUAAAUGAAACUAUGGUGCAUAAAAAGCUUCUGAUUGUGUUUCUUCUAAUAGUAAAAAAAUAAAUUUGAAGCUGGAAUUUUUUGGAACCAUUAUGACAUAUUUCAACUAUUAAAAUGAUUUCGAGUAGUAAAGAUGACAAAUGAAUUUUAAUCGUUAUUGAAUACAGUAUAUAGAGGAUUAAUUAGAUUAAUAUAUUUUUAAGCUUUUGAAUUGUUAAAAUGAAAAGAGUCAAUAAAGAAGGAUCUUAAUA